AUUGAUGCUGAUAUUUCUCCUCAGCAUCACCAGCGGAGAGGAGGAGGAGGAGGAGGAAGGAGAGGUUGUGUCAGGUGGAAACUGGGACCUCUAUGGAUAUCACCAUCACCCUCCACCGGCACUGAACCUCAGCAUCUCCCGGCCGGCGGUCAGCGCUGCAAGCACGCAGCGCUCUUAACGUGCGCUAAGGCGCAGUUUUUGCACAUUGCACACCCCCCGCGGUGCUUCAGUAAUUACACGAACCAGCCGCUUCCUCGUGUAAUAGGGACUAAUCGAGGGAAAACCCUGCUGGAAUAAAAGCGGAGCGUCAGUCUCCUCCAUUGAUAAACCGCUCUCCUCAUCGAUUCGAGCCAGCGACGUCUUGGUGGAGGAGGAGGAGGACGAAACCAAACCAAAAAACUGACACUGAGGCUAAAGGGCGUCGGGCGCGAUGGCUAAUGCCUCUCCAGACCUGGACAACGCGGAAGCCCAGCGCCAGCUUAACAACAACAACCGACCAAUCAGCUCUGGCUUCUGGGAGACAGAGUGUACCAGCUCCAAACUGUUCGAGUGCUCCCGCAUCAAGGCCCUGGCAGAUGAACGAGAUGCAGUGCAAAAGAAGACUUUUACAAAGUGGGUUAACUCUCAUCUAGCCAGGGUGUCCUGUCGCAUAUCUGACCUUUACAACGACCUGAGGGAUGGAUACAUGCUCACCAGACUGCUGGAGGUCCUCAGUGGAGAGCUGCUGCCGAGGCCCACACGAGGUCGAAUGCGGAUCCACUGCCUGGAGAACGUCGACAAAGCGCUGCAGUUUCUUAAAGAGCAGAGGGUUCACCUGGAAAACGUCGGUUCCCAUGACAUUGUGGACGGAAACCAUCGCCUUACCCUGGGCCUUAUCUGGACCAUCAUCCUUCGCUUUCAGAUUCAGGUGAUCAAAAUAGAGACAGAGGACAACAGAGAAACCCGCUCUGCCAAGGAUGCGCUGCUGCUUUGGUGCCAGAUGAAGACUGCAGGGUACCCUGAGGUCAACAUCCAGAACUUCACCACCUGCUGGAGGGACGGCCUUGCAUUUAACGCCCUAAUACACAGACACAGACCUGAUCUAAUAGAGUUCCACAAGCUGACACGAUCCAAUGCAACCCACAACCUGCAGCAAGCCUUUAACAUCGCUGAGCAGCACCUGGGCCUCACGAAACUCCUGGACCCUGAGGAUGUGAACACCGAGAACCCAGAUGAAAAGUCCAUCAUUACAUACGUGGUUUCCUACUACCACUACUUCUCUAAGAUGAAGGCUCUUAUUGUGGAGGGGAAGCGCGUUGGCAAGGUGCUAGACAGCUGCAUCGAGGCAGAGAAGAUUGUUAACCGCUAUGACGCUCUGGCAUCUGAUCUCCUCGAGUGGAUAGAGAAGACGAUCGCGGUCAUCAGCAACCAGAAGUUUGCCAACUCGCUGACCGGAGUUCAGCAGCAGCUGCAGGCCUUCACCACCUACUGCACUAUAGAGAAGCCCAUCAAGUUUCAGGAGAAGGGUAAUCUCGAGGUUCUUCUCUUCACCAUCCAAAGCAAACUCAGAGCCAAUAACCAGAAACCCUAUGUGCCUAAUGAUGGGACGCUCAUCUCAGACAUUAACAAGGCCUGGGAGAGAUUGGAGAAGGCAGAGCACGAGAGGGGUGUAGCUUUACGGCAGGAGCUGAUUCGUCAGGAGAAGCUUGAGCUGUUGGCUCAGCGCUUUGACCACAAAACCACCAUGAGGCAGGCCUGGCUCAAUGAGAAUCAGAGACUCGUGUCGCAGGACAAUUUUGGCUAUGACCUACCAGCAGUCGAGGCAGCGAUGAAGAAGCACGAAGCCAUCGAGGCGGACAUAGCCUCAUACGAGGAAAGAAUUGGCGUGGUUGUGGAACUCGCUGCAGAGAUGGAGGUGGAAGGAUACUACGAUAUCCGGCGUAUCCUGGCACGUAAAGAGAAUAUCCUGGGCCAGUGGAGUCUGCUGAAGGAGCUGGUGGCAGGGAGAAGGACCCGGCUGGAGAAGAAUCUGGCCUUGCAGAAGACCUUCCAGGACAUGGUGUACAUGAUCGACUGGAUGGAGGACAUGCAGGUCCAGCUGCUCUCAAGGGACUUUGGGAAACAUCUACUGGAGGUGGACGACCUGCUGCAGAAGCACGGCCUGCAGGAAGCCGAUAUUACUGUGCAGGCUGAGAGAGUCGAGACGCUCAACACUGCUGCACUCAAGUUCACCACAAUAGAGGGUUACCAACCAUGUGACCCACAGGUGAUCUGUAACCGUGUCAACCAUGUCUCUUCCUGUCUGGAGGAGCUGAAACACCUGGCAACUAAAAGACGUGCUGAGCUCGAGGAGUCAAGGAAACUGUGGGCCUUCUUUCAGGAGCUGGAAGAGUCGGAGGCCUGGAUCAGAGAGAAAAGCUCCAUCCUGGGAGCUCAGGGCUACGGGAAGGACCUGAGCAGUGUGCUGAGGUUACUGCAACAGCACAAGACUCUGGCUGGGGAACUGCUGGCUCACCGCUCACUGCUGCAGAACACCAUGAAGCGUGGGAAGCAGAUUCUGAGUGAGAAGAGCUUUGGCACAGCGGGGAUCCAGGAGCGCAUCAUGGAGGUUAAAGGCGAGUGGAAGAGGCUGGAGGACCAGGCUGCGCAGCAUCUCAGCCACCUGCAGGAGGCGCUCAACUUUUUCCAGUUCUCCACCGAGACGGACGACGUCGUGGCCUGGCUACAGGACGCUUACCGCCUGGUGUCCAGUGAAGACUUUGGACACGAUGAGUACUCCACUCAAUCGCUGCUAAAGAAACACAGAGGGGUCAGUGAAGCCAUUGACAAACAUCGUUUGCCUGUAGUGGCACUGCGCAAACACAUGGUGGCGCUGCCCCUGCGGUACCGUGAACAGGAGGAGGUGCAGGUUCGUAUGGGAGAGGUGGAGCAGCUGUACACAGAGGUGGCUGAAAUCGCGGUGCUCAGACAGCAGUGGCUUCAUGACGCCCUUGCUGUGUACCGCAUGUUCAGCGAGGUCAACGCCUGCGAGCUGUGGAUUGACGAGAAGGAGCAGUGGCUGGAAAAGAUGGAGAUCCCAGAAAAACUGGAGGAUGUGGAGGUCGUGGCACACAGAUUUGAGAGCCUGGACCAGGAGAUGAACAGCCUGAUGGGAAGGAUCCUGGAUGUUAACCAGAUAGUUCAGCAGCUCCUGGAUGGAGGUCAUCCAUCUUCUACAGAGGUCAGAGGUUGUCAGGACCACCUCAAUUCCAGGUGGAACAGCAUCGUGGAGCUGGUCGAGCAGAAGAAAGAUCAGCUGGACUCGAUGUUACGUCUGCAGAACUACCUGCUGGAGUGUGCCGAGAUCAAGUCCCAGAUCCAGGACAAGAGAAAAGCCAUUGACGCCACCCAGUAUGUGGGCAGUGAUUUGGGAGGGGUCCUCGCCCUGCAGAGACGCCUCUCUACUAUGGAGGGAGCUCUGUCUGUUCUGGAGCCCAAACUACUGCACUUACAGGAAGAGGCAGAGCAUCUGGCCACUGCUCACCCGGUUCGGGCAAUGGAGGUUCUUGUGCAGUUUGAUGGCAUCAGCGUGGAGUGGGAGGAGCUCAAACGGACCCUGCAGGGAUGUGAGGACUCACUGAUGGUGGCUAGCAGGCUGCAGAGCUUCAUACAGGACCUGGACUCAUUCCUCACCUGGUUGGUCCAGACGCAGACCGCCGCUGCCUCAGACCAGCUGCCCAACAAUCUGGAGGAGGCAGAGAAGCUCAUCAACGAGCACGCUGCUCUCAAGGAAGAGAUUGGACGGUACGAAGAGGACUACGAGCGCCUGCAAGCCAUGAACGAGCUCCUGGAGUCCGAGGAGGCUCCUCUCCCACAGGCCGCCCUGCAGCAGUGGCUCCAGAAACUCGAUGUCGGCUGGAACAAGCUGCUGGAGAUGUGGGAAAGCAGGAGAGAAGUUCUGGUGCAGGCUCACAUUUUUCAUUUAUUCCUGCGUGACGUCAAACAGGCUGAAUCCUUCCUCAACAACCAGGAGUCUGCGCUGGCUCACGUGGAGCUGCCCACCACAGUGGAAACAGUGGAAGCGGCUAUAAAGAAACACAAGGACUUCACCACCACCAUGGAGCUGAACCUGCACAGGAUCAAAGCUGUGAUCGAGGCAGGAGAAAGUCUGAUCAGCCAGAACAACAUCUACUCUGAACGCAUUAAGGAGCGCAUCGACACCCUUGCCAACAGGGGAAAUCAGAACAGAGAGCUGGCCCAGCAGUGGCUGGAAAAACUGAAUGACCAGUGGGAACUUCAGAGGUUUCUCCAGGACUGUCAUGAGCUGGGGGAUUGGGUGUGUGAGAAGAUGCUAAUGGCGAGGGACAGCAGUCGAGACGAGACCCAGAAGCUUCAUAAGAAAUGGCUGAAGCACCAGGCUUUUAUGGCCGAGUUGGCCCAGAAUAAGGAAUGGUUGGACAAAAUUGAAAAGGAGGGCCAGCAACUGAUCCAGGAGAAGCCGGAGCUCAGCCCGGUGGUGCGGAAGAAGCUGGAGGAGAUCAGGGAGUGCUGGCACGAUCUGGAGAGCACCACUCAGGCAAAAGCCCGCCAGCUUUUUGAAGCCAACAAGGCCGACCUGCUGGUGCAGAGUUACGAAAGCCUCGACCAGAGACUGGGCCAGCUCGAGGGUCAACUGGCCCACGUCGACCAGGGACAGGACCUCACCACCGUCAACAAGCAGCUCAAAAAACUGCAGACCAUGGAGACCCAGAUGGAGGAAUGGUAUAAGGAGGUAGGGCAGCUUCAGGUGCAGGCGUCCUCCAUCCCGCAGCAGACGCAGGUCAAGGAGACGGUUGCAGGGCGACAGGCCGCCGUGGAGGCCAGGAUGGUGCGUUUGAUCGAGCCGUUGAAGGAGAGGCGACGCAUCCUGCUGGCGUCUAAGGAAGUUCAUCAAGUUGGGCGAGACCUGGAAGACGAGAUUUUGUGGGUCCAGGAACGCCUCCCGAUGGCCAUGUCUCAGGAGCACGGCUCUACUCUGCAGGCUGUCCAGCAGCUUAUGAAGAAGAACCAGGGUCUUCAGAGGGAGCUGCAGAGCCACAGGAGCAGAAUUGAAGAUGUUCUGGAGAGGGCGGGGAUCAUUGGCUCCAUACGCAGCCCUGAGGCAGACUGCAUCAGGGCAGGUCACGACCAGCUGUCCCAGCUGUGGGCUCUGCUUUGGGCCGAGACUGAGAGGAGGCAGCUGGUCCUGGACGCCAUGUACCAGGCCCAGCAGUACUACUUCGAUACAGCCGAGGUCGAGGCCUGGCUGAGUGAGCAGGAGCUGCACAUGAUGAAUGAGGAGAAGGGGAAGGAUGAGCAGAGCACGCUGCAGCUGCUGAAGAAGCAUUUGGUCCUGGAACAGACCAUCGAGGACUAUGCUGAGACCAUCGGCCUGCUUUCACAGCAGUGCCGGCAGCUGCUGGAGAUGGGACAUCCAGACUGCGAACAGAUCAGCAAGCGUCAGUCACAGAUAGACCGUCUGUACGUGUCUCUGAAGGACCUGGUGGAGGAGAGGAAGAGCCGUCUCGAGCAGCAGUACUGGCUGUACCAGCUCAACAGGGAGGUGGAUGAGUUGGAGCAGUGGAUCGCUCAGAGGGAGGUGGUCGCAAGCUCGCCUGAACUGGGUCAAGACUUUGAGCAUGUCACAGUCCUGCAGGAGAAGUUUACAGAGUUUGCGUCAGAGACGGGCAGCGUGGGCCAGGAGCGAGUGACAGCCGUCAAUCAGAUGGUGGAUGAGCUCAUUGACUACGGCCACUCGGAGGCAGCCACCAUCGCCGAAUGGAAGGACGGCGUGAACGAAGCCUGGGCCGACCUGCUGGAGCUCAUGGAGACCCGCGGUCAGAUGCUCGCUGCUUCACACCAGCUGCACAAGUUCUUCUUCGAUUGCAGAGAGGUUUUAGCCCAGAUUGAUGACAAACAUCGAAGGUUGCCAGAGGUUCGGGCUCGGCAGGGCAGCACUUCCAACACCAGCACACUGCAGAGACUCCUGCACACCUUCGAGCAGGACAUUCAGCUGCUUGUUACACAGGUGCGUCAGCUACAAGAGAGUGCAGCCCAGCUGAGGACGGUGUACGCUGGCGACAAGGCCGAAGCCAUCGCGUGCCGUGAGCACGAAGUGAUGCAGUGCUGGAAAGAACUGCUAACGUCCUGCGAAGAGUGUCGGGUGCAGAUCACCACAGAGACGGACAAGCUGAGGUUCUUCGGCAUGGUCCGAGAUCAGAUCAUGUGGAUGGACUCGAUCAUCUGUCAGAUAGGGACAGGAGAGAAGCCCAGGGACGUGUCCUCAGUAGAGGUGCUGAUGAACUAUCACCAGAGUCUUAAGAGUGAAGUAGAGGCUCGCAGUCAGAGCAUCCUGGAGUGUAUUGAAAUGGGAAAAACCCUGCUGGCGGCUAGAAACCCUGCAGCUGAAGAGAUCAAAGAGAAGCUGGACAAAGUGAUUGCUAAGGAGCGUGAGCUGUCUGAGAAGUGGGACAAGCACUGGGAAGUCCUGCAGCAAUUGUUGGAGGUUCACCAAUUUGCCCAGGAGGCGGUGGUGGCGGAGGCGUGGCUGACUGCUCAGGAGCCAUUCAUCAACAGCAACGAGCUUGGAGGGAGCGUAGAUGAGGUGGAACAGCUGAUUCGUCGACAUGAAGCCUUCCGCAAAGCAGCUGCCACCUGGGAAGAGCGAUUCAGCUCACUGCGGCGGCUCACCACGGUAGAAAAGCUAAAAGCAGAGCAAAGUAAACUGCCCCCAACUCCCCUCCUGGGUCGUAAAGUCUUCCUGGAUCCCCAAGAUGCCGCACAUAGUCCAUCCACUCUCCCCCGCCUCCCAAUCUCCCCCGUCAUGAGGCAGACUAUCUAUGAACAGAACGAAGCCAGCUCUCCUCCAUCUCCCUCGCCGGCCACUCCGACACCUUCUCCGUCAUCUGCUGCUCGGCGCCUGGGAUCAACAGUCGCCAACUACACCCCGGUAAUGAACGGCUCCAGCUACCGCCACACUCUGGAUGUCCGGGAUGGAGGCGUAGUGGGUGUGGCUGCAGGUCUAGGCCACCCGGCUGCAUCCUCGAUUGCAUCUAUAGCCACGGCGGCGAUGCUAGUGUCAGCCAACCAGGCGCGAGAAAGUGCCAGCACAGCAAGGGAACAGACAGCAAAGGUGAUGAGUCACCUGCAUCCGGCACAAGCGGCAAGAGACAUGGAGGCAAAAUCCUCCCCGUAUCUCCGGCAACCCAAAAUCAAACACUUAGAUGAUGCUGUGACGCCUCUGAUCGUGGCCAGCCGGCUGGAGAAAGCAAGAGAGCGGGGGAGGGAGAGAGAUAUGAUGAUGGGGACAGAGAGAGCAGAGGUAGCAGUGAUGGCCGAGGUGGUGCUUCAGGAGCCGAGCCGGGAGCGUCUGCACAGCGAGCCCACCAGAGGACCUCGAGGAUCCAGGACUGACCCUUUGGGCCACGCUGAGCCUCAGGGCCAGGCACACACUUAUCACCACAGGAUAGAACGGCAGCUGUCCAGCGAGCAGCUAAUCCAGGCGCGCAGGGAUGAGCUGCCUCAGGAGGUGUGGAGGGAACAGGCUGAGAGGCGGGAGAGACGGACGUUGGAGAGGCAAACUUCCAGCGAACAAGAAGGUCACGGAGGCCACGAGGGCCGGCGGAGAGAGAGGGACAGGCAUCGGCUGGAGAGACAGGAAUCCAGUGAGCACGACACAGGGAAGGAGCAAUCAGACAGACGCUCAGCAGGAGGAGACAAGAGGUCCACCAUGGCAGAGAUCGUAGAGCAGCUACAAGAAAGAGAAGCAGCGCAGGCCCGCGGUGAGGUGCCCCGACUGCCUAAUGGGUUACCAGAAAAGUCUUCCCGUCCCGACCGGCCUCGAGCUCGGGACAGACCCAAACCACGACGCCGGCCACGACCCAAAGAGCCUGGGGAGACGACGCGGCGGUCCAGAUCUGCACCAGCCCAGAGCAGCCCGGUCGUCCCCCAACCACCGACACAUACGGCACACCACGAGGGCUUCCUUUUCCGCAAGCUGGACAUUGAGAGCCUGAAGAAGAGCACCAAUAGCAGAUCAUGGGUCAACCUGUACUGCGUGCUGAAUAAAGGGGAACUGGGUUUCUACAAGGACGCCAAGAACACCACCACGUCCUACAACAACGAGCCGCUGCUCAACCUCUCCCACUGCCACUGCGACGUCACCAAUGGCUACAAGAAGAAGAAGAACGUCUUCACGCUCAAAACGAAGGAUGGCAGCGAGUUUUUGUUUCAUGCAAAAGAUGAGGAAGACCUCAAAACGUGGGUGAAUAAUAUCACCACCAGUAUUUCAGAGCAUGAGGAGAUUGCCAAAUGGGGUCAUCCCCAACCAACUACCUCAUCCACCGACGAGGGCACGCGCCGCGACGGGAGCAAGGUGGACAACAGGUCAGAGCGCGGCGGCGAGCGUUCGGACCGGGGUGACCGAAUUGAGCGGGCUGAGAAGGAGAAGGAGAAGGAACGGGAUAGAGAGAAGGAGAAGGAGAGGGAAAGGGAUAAAGAGAAGGAGAGAGAGAGGGGCGAACGGUCGGAGAGGUCAGAACGAGCUGGGAAGUCGGACGCAAAACGAUCAGAAAAGUCCAGUAAGAAAAAAUGAGCUUGGACGGGAGCUGGGAUUGAAGCUCACAGUAUGAACUCUGGCUGGGAGGCGGGGCCAUAAACUGGUUGCGAACGCCCCCCUCCUCUUCUUCGCCUCCAACACUGUCAACAGAGCAGUCGUGUUUGGAUGGAAAUCGAAGGAUUGACCCGGGCUCACUCAUAGGACGGACGGGACGGAUUUGAUUUGGAGCAGGAGACACCUCUCUCGCUCUCCCCCUCUAUCUCUCUCUCUUCUGUGUCUCUGUGAGAACGCACAGAGUCACCGACGCCCCCUGGUGGCUGUUUCGGAGAACUGCCUGAGAGCAGGGUGGCGUUUUGUGCUGCGGAGCCCCGGGCAGCGUCGCCGCGAGAGAGAGACGGGACGCGCAUCACGUUUAACGGGAAGGCUGUUAGGCUGACGGCUGGUAGAGCGAUAAAACGUAGCUCAUACUGUUCCAUGUUUGUUUUUUCUAUGAGACGAGCUCUGUCUGUAUGUAUCUCUCGUCUGUGUGUCCUAUUUACUGUAUAUAUCUGUCUGUAAGUCGAGACAUCCUACACUAUGUCUUAUUACUCCCUGGAAAUACAAACAGAAUGAAAUUAUGCCAAAAUGUUUUACAGACCUUCUUUUACUUUCUCCACUGUAUCCCAUCUGUCUGGAGGUCUGGCCAUGAAAACAUGUGGAACUUAAAAUGGUUUUAAGUUCCACAUAACAAACUGCACUGUAAACACAUGCGUGCACUUGCCCUGGAUGAGUCAGCACUGAUCUCCAGCUUUGUGCUGACUCUGUUUAAGAGAAGAGAAGAGUAGACGUCUGUCUUCGGUACUUUGUUACGCACACAAAAAAUAAGAAGAAAUGUAUCAAAUCAAGAUCCCAGGGCGUACAGAGCAGUUUCCCUUCCCUUGGUAGGAUUUUAUUUUAGCAUUAUAGAUUUUCUAGUGAGCAGUCGGUGAUCAGAAGAGAUAAAAAGUCUUGUUCCCAGGGGCCUCAUUCAUUAAAAUGAUUUUAAAAGUGGACCUCUUGUAGUUUUAUUUAUAUUCUGUCAUAUAUAGACUUUUACAGUGGUAGAUAGAUGCUCAUAUUAAACAUGGGGCAGGUGGGUAUUCCUAAUAUGAUCAUUGGCCUUAAACAGGUGGUGGUUUAAGUUUAAGAGGUCCGCUUAAAUUAAUGAAUAAAAUAGGAAAAAAAUUCUUUAUUUUUGAUAUUUCUAAUAUAAUGAUACCAUUCAUUGUCAUCUGCUUGUUUUACCAUCUAGAUCAGUUUUUCAUGGUUUGGUCAUAAGCACAAAAUCUGCAUGUUUUUAAUGAAUGAGGCCUUCAGGGAUGAAAACAGGCCUCAUCUACUCUUUUAUUCUCUUACAACAUCAAACUACUGGAUAUUCUCUUUGAUUUAUUACACAUACAAAUUUGUUUUUAUACAGAGUUUAAAACAAAAUCUUGUUUUUGUGUGUGUGCUGCUGCUCUCCGCUCCCAGGGUCUCCAUAGCUCUCAGGUUAUUUGUGUUGGUGUGUGCUCACCUUGUGCUUCACACUCGUCGGUACGUUCGUCCCCUCAGAUGCCGCCUCAGUCUUCCGGAUACAAUACGUCCCAUUCACACGUCUACACACGCCCCACGCACACAUUUGUACUUCUAUCUUUGUGAUGCUACAUUCCCUCACCCCUUAAUUUAACCCUGAUUCUGAACCUUCAAAUAAACCUUUCAGAGCGUCUUUCAAAGUCAGGACCUGGAAAUAUGUCCGCACUCACAAAGAUAGACUUACAUCUUCGCACGCACACAUAAAACCCAUCAGGCUGAAAAUGUUAGAGGUUAUAAACGAGUCUUAAAGGUCAUCAGAUGGAAAAGAUUGAAGCGAUCAAUGAGCUGACACAGCACUGACAAAGUAUUUCAUAAGUGAGAGAUUGCAUGCUUUUCUUGGAGAGAAAUCACUCGCCUAAAGAAGCUCGUCUUUGCAGUUUGGCAUCCUCGUUAUAAGUAUAUGUUUCAUUUCAUGUAAACGCACCACGAAGCCAUAAACAGCAGGAAAUGAGAAUCGUCACAGUUUGGUUUAUCUGGUAAAGGCAGCUUUGUGAAGCACCAGCGGUGGAUAGUGGCAUUAAUUUCCUGCCCUGUUAGAUGCAUGCGGGCCAGAUUGCAUUUAAAAUUCUUUUAAAGUACGUUAUUGUCACUGUUGCUGUAUGAAAACUCAUUCCAGCUCUCGUGUUUCGGAUGCUUUCAGUUAAAGUUCAGCUGAAAUGCAUUUGCAUAAUUAUUAUUUAAUUUUUAUUUGUUAAUUAUUUGCAGCUCCUGUACUGCAUGUGAAACAGAAAGCUAGAUAAAGUAGAAAGGCCGCAUUCGUAGGGCACACGUCCAAGUUAGUUUCUUGGAGCAUUAGCUCCUGAUGCUCCCUGAUGCUGUAUGCACAGUUUCAGGAUAUGUGGUGCGUUUUAACCCACACCUGUGGCCUAAAACAAAUCAAACUAUGACUUCUAAACUGGAAAUGAUGCAAGAGAAAAUUAAAAAAAUCUCUGAAGCCACACUGGAGAACAGAAAACACAAGCGUUUGUGUUCAGCCAUUGAGAUAAUGCUUGUUUGUCUUCUUCUGUUUGCCAGCGGCAGCCAUUCAAAAGAAAUCAGGACUAAAGAGAGCGUGGCCUUUUAGGGAGAAGAGCUACAACAGCUUGUUUCAGACAGAAGAUAAACUAUAGGGCUCCACCGGGGCUCGGUAUAAAUGUAAAUCAUGCAAAGCUACGCUGUUAGAGUCCAAGAGUAAAACUAUGGAGCUGAAAAUGAGCUUAACAGGUCGUCUUAUUAAAGGUGUUUUCUCUUUUUGAUUUCAUUUUUUGGUCAGUGCACAGCUGCUUCACAGAGCUUCGAAUGCGGCCUUUUGGUGUUUUUAAUUUUCAAGACCUCAGCUAACAAAACACCGUCUGCCCAUGGUUUUUACCUGCUCGCUCACCCUUCUGCUGCAUGUCACAGAGUCUGCCAGCUCAUCAAAGACACAUCACUCCAAUACUUAACAUUUUUUAAAUUAAAGAGCAGGUUAUUUUUCAACUCAAACAUGAAGGACUUCACAUAAUUUCAGUAAUAUUUUACAAGAAAACAUUUACAUAUUUCUUUGUAAGAUGGCUGUAAAGCCCAAGAGUCCAGCGCGUGUCUAUAUUUGCUAGGAUAGAGUUCAUAUUUAAGGCUUGUUAAAGAUUAUCGGUCAGCUGAUUGUGUUGGGUCUUAUUUAUUUAUUUACUUAUUUUAGGUUUUUCAUUGCUGGAUUUUAAAUUCCCUCCUGACCUACAGACCUCGUUUCUGUUUCUCAUAAAAUACGUCUUAAGAACUUGUAAUUUAUUUCAUGAGAAUGCCACAUGAGUGCAGUCAUUUGCAUGCAUGUCAGACACAACAAACACAGCAAGAGUUAAAAGAGUUUCAUGUUUAAAGUGACACCGAGCAGGCUGGCUGACUGAUUAUGAAUCCAGCAUCAUAAUAAACCUCCAUGAUUUGUUUCUGCUGAUACACACAGAACAGAUUGCGCAGGGUACAGCUGAACCAAUAAUAAAGUCAAAUAACUUUACACUUUAGAGAGCAGAAACAUUUAGAUAAUAUGUGAAAGGUAAACGUCGGCACAGAUGAACGCUCGACGGUUUGGGCGUGUGUGCCGAUACCCUGCCCGUCUGUCUGUUGUGCUCACAUCAGCCUCAUUCUGUCAGCAGACACGAAGUGAUGAAUAAAAAUACCUUUUGGUUUGUUGUUAAUGUAUUGAAAGUGUUUUCUUUUCUGCCUGGAAAUGAAUGUAGAUCAUUGAUGUUGAAAAUGUUUCAUGUUGGAUCAGUGUUUCCUCCUGUUCACACGAUCAGGGGCCAAAAAAGCCCCGAAAAAUGAAACGCACUGUUUUUUUUAAGCGGGGGGAAGCACUGGUGCAGAUUCUCUGAUGCCAUUCAGACACGUCAGACUUUGACAUGUUGCAUCUUGUACACCAAAACCACUCAGUAGUAUGCAGUAAUAUCUAUGAGGAUUGUAGAGCGGUGUGUUCAGGGAUUAAUGUUGCCGAUGAUGGUGAGGAUGAUGUCCGUGGUAGCAAUGGAACUUUAUGCAACCUUUUCUUUGCACUAGGGACGCUGGCCUGUUGCAGGGCUGAGGGCUGGUGUUCACUGGUGUUGGGGAUCCAUCAGAGGGACGUCAGACCCGGACAAGUUAAAAGUUACCAAAAUGAGAAGUUUAAAGUAUUAUGAAUGACCUUUUCAGGUUCAGGCACAUGCAGUUUGGCUUUGAGAAGGGCGUGAAAUUCACUUUGAUCUUCAAAGUUCAUGUACAGCUCGUGGACGUUUAUGCAAAAGCUAAAACCUUUAACUGAACAAGCUGCUUAAUAAUCAGCUCGUCGUAUCGGUGAGUGGUCCUCGAACCUUCUCAGCAGAGCUGGCCUUUUAUAGAAAACUCUAUCUGCGAACCACCAACAUAAACAAACUUUAAACAAACACUACUUUUGUUAUAGCACUGACUGUAAUUAAUAUUGAAACACAAGUUCAGUGACAUUACUGCAAAAAUUAAACCUGGAAGGAGAAGUCCUGUCUUCAUGCUUUCAGAAGCUAAUAUUUAGCGACACACAACACUCUGUGCUAUGUAUUUAUUAAAUAGACUGUAUAUAACAGAUGGACUUGGCCACUGGUGAGUGAAGUUCUGAUUUGAAGCCUGAAGAUAUUUUCAACCUUUGCUAUUUUAGCUGUUUGAAACCAGACGUCACAGAAGGGGUGUGGAUCUGACUGUGAAACCAAGAGACACUGGACAUACUCGGAUUGGUCCCUCUUUGUGACUUUAAUAAUUCAUAAUUCACAAAAAAUUAAAAAGGCAUCUUGUUGUGUUAAAUAAAAGUGAAAAAAAAAAUAGUGAUUGAGCCCAUAAUCUAAUCGGGAAAGUGAGAUCACAGAGUAGUCGAGUUGAGGGACAUUUUCCAUACAACUCCACCUGUUUUUAUAACCACAGGAGUCGCCCUCUGCUGGCCAUCAGCAAGAAUGCAGGUUUAAAGCUUUGUCCAUCUUUUAUAUAAUCUGUUUGUUACCCAACCUGGACACGCCUUUCUUUCUUUCUUUAGCUUCACUGCACUGCCCUGUUAUAACUUUAGGUCUAAUUCUCUAUACAACCAAAAACUACCAUCAUGCUUUUGCUCAAAUUUCUUAAAUAUUUUUAUUACAGGAUUAACUGAAUAUAUGAAAGUUUGUCAGAGUAACAAUGGUGAGGAUUACAUAUUUGCUCGUCUUUUACUGACCAAACAAUUAAUUGUUGUGAAAAUCACCACUAGUUUCACUGUUGAUCCUGAUAUGUUGCCUCUGAUAGGAAAACACUGGAUAUUACCGCACAUGUUUCUGUUUCCACGUCAGGAGCGGUGAAAAAUUGCACCUCGUGCACACACACUGCCUGAAUAGAAAGUCAUAAGAAAACUCGCAGACAUUAAAAGGGCUCGUACACUGAAGUGAAAUGUUAUUUUCUCAGACACAAACGGGGACAAUCAGGGCUGCUAAGUUCAGUGGAUGUUCAGGUGGGACGAGAGGUUGAAUUUAUUUAUGUUCUUUAGGGAUACUCAUUAGAAAUGAUCACUUUUAUCAUCACGUCAUGAAUAAUAUUAUGCUUUAGUUUGGUGCUGUUGACCACCUCAUUAAUGUGGUGACAUUUUUGUCACCAGCCAAAGAUUAAAAAAUAAUAAAUACUGAAUAUAAAUUGGUGUUUUAGCUGAUCUGCUGCCACAGCGUGUCCCCUCCCAGGAGCCCCCGAGCACCACUGUCUGUCUGCCCUCAGCCUGCCUGUCUCUCUGUAUGCCUGUCUGCAACCUGCAGCCUGGAAAUGUACAAAUCUAUUUGCUCAGAAGUAUUUUCUGUAAAAACAGACAUGAAAAUAAUUUAUCCAUGGUGACACUGGGAAAACCGCCCCUUGUCUUUUGCUAUGUUGAAUCUUUGAGUCUGAGUCUGUCUUGAAGUGUGACUGUUUAUUUGUGCCACAAGCCUAGAUGAAAGUGAUGUACACCUCCUGCACACAAACAGAUCAGGACAAAGAGGUUGCAUGAAUGACAUAGUCUCUAUUACAGUACUGCUGUGCAUGUCUUUGAGUCCCAUUCUACGAUCACUGUAACAUACAGGGGUGACACAAACUACCGACAUGGGAAAAAGGUGAACGAAUGAACCAAUAAUGUACAAAAUAAUCAGAACCAACUGCAAAUUACUGACUCUGUACAGUUGUUUCUUUGAAUUGAAAAGUACAGAUUGAAAGAUAAUCUUUUGUGUGUGUGUGA